AUGUCCUCGACGCCUUAUCUCGAUGCCCUCCGCAAGGACGGGUUCGUGAAGAUUCCCAAUCUCGUUCCACCACACCUUCUACUGGCCUUGAAAGCGAGUUGUAAAUACACCACCGACAGAGCACGACAGGGGAAAUGGCCCUACGUGAGGACAGUGCCCAAGCAGUAUCCGCCAUGGCAAGAGUGGAAGCCGGGAGACAACAUCUGGGGCGUGCAGCAUCUUCUACAUCCGGACAUGGGGGUCAAGGACAUCUUUGCCGAGAUCUACUUCUCCGACGAGAUCUUGUCAGUUGUGAAAGAGCUGGUGGGUCUGAAGGAUGAUCCUCAUGGCGAUGAGAAGCUGGUGAUGGAGCUGUUCAAUCUGCUGGUUAGUCCGGCCCAGCAGCAGGGCUUUGAACUGUGCUGGCAUCGAGACGAUAUCCGCCCAGAGGUAACGCCAGAAGAAGAAGAGAAACUGCUCCAAGAGAAAAGUCCUGCCGGUCAACAGCUACAUGCGCAAUAUAACAUCGCCCUCUUCGACGAUGCUUCCCUGAUCGUGGUGCCUGGUAGUCAUCGCCGCAUCAGGACGGAGACAGAACGAGCUGCGGCUCCCCAUGAGCCAGACUUGCCGGGACAGCUCGUCGUCGAGCUCCAGCCCGGUGAUGCUGUGUUUUACGAUAGCAAUAUCCUCCAUCGCGGCAUUUACACGGGCAUUGACGCGACGAGCGAGCUUGGCCGUAUGACUUUGCACGGCUCGGUCGGGCUGGCUGGGCAUGGCAAUGAACGGGCGCGACAGGUGUUGCAACAUGCGGUCGGUGAAUGGGUUGGAAGAGCGCAAUUCUCGAUGGAAGGCAGAAAGGGCGAGCGAGCUGAGGGCAUGCGAAGAAGACUGGUCGACAUGGGCAGUGGAAAGGAUCUGGGAUAUUCGCUGGUAGGCUAG